GGGUAGAGGGUGAGCCAAGCCUAGAGAUGCCUGCCGACGAUCGACGCCUUCGGUCCCCUCCUUGCAACUUGUAUUGCACACGCUGCCCAUGAGCCACGUGACCUCGAUUCGAGCAGUUGGAGAAACGCUCUAAAAUGUAGGCACACUAGUCGGCCCGGUCAUCAAGAAGCGGCGGCGUCGCUCACGCAACUCGCACGACUCGUUGACAGCAGUAAUCAUGGGCCUUCUAGGAUUCCUUGGAUUGCCGGACUGGAUUAUUUUAUUGGCCACUGCUCUAGUCCUGCUGUACAUGUACGUCACCCGAAACACCGAUUACUGGAAGAAGCAAAAUGUCGUACACAUUCCAUUCUUCCAGAGCAUCCGAGUAAUGCUGAAGGUUUUACGCAUGCCUGUUCCCCAGUGGGACAUGGAAAAUCUGGAAGAUUACGGAAGGGUCUUUGGCGCUUUCGAAGGAUUGAAGCCGGCACUCAUGGUAUCCGACCCGGAGAUUGUGAAGCAGAUACUUGUCAAAGACUUUUCCCAGCUCGCCAAUAGACGAGAAAUUUGUUUUAAUGACGACGUUCUGGACAACAUGAUGUCCUCCGCAACCGUGGAACGGUGGAGGAAGAUUCGGCCCGCGGUCAGCCCCGCAUUUUCUACCGGAAAGUUGCGCAAGAUGAAUGGCCUUAUUCAAGACUGUGCGAAGCUGACUUGCGAACACUUACGCAAAGCGGCCGAGAACAAUGAAGAUCUGGACGUUAAACAGUUCUUCGGCCACUACACACUGGACGUCAUCGCCAGGUGCGCGUUUGGAACAAAACUUGACUCGCACACCAAUCAGACCGAUGAAUUCGUAACGAAAGCAAGAAAGGCGUUCGCGACCAAAAUUAAUGCAUACGUAGUGUUUCUAUUUUUCCUUAUGAGCCUGUUUCCACGGCUAUUCAAAGUAUUCGGCACAAAAGUUUUCCCGGGAGAGAUAUUUCAUUAUUUCAAGAAUACCUGCGCAAGCAUUAUCAAAAAGCGCAAAGAAGCUAAUAUCAGGCAUCAGGACUUUCUCCAGCUCAUGGUAGAUGCCCAAGAGUCGGGUAUCGCGGAAGUCAGCAGCGACGGUGGCCAAGACAUGGAGAACAGUCUCUACAACCUUGGGAGCGAGCAGAAGUCGGAGACCUCGUUCGUCACAAAAUCCCUGACAGAAGACGAAGCCUUGGCGCAGUGUGUGUUGUUCUUCACGGCUGGUCUGGAAACAACGUCGACCACGAUCGCCUUCGCCGUGUAUCAGCUGGCCGUGUGUCCCGACAUUCAAGACAGGCUGAGACAGGAGGUCGACGACUGUUUCGCCAAACAUGGUCCAGAACCAAGCCUCGACGCGGUGUCCAAGCUCAAAUACUUGCACUGCGUCGUUUCAGAAACACUGCGCAUGUAUCCCCCAGCAUUAAG